GGCGGCGCCGGUUUCCCCACCGGCCUCAAGUGGAGCUUCAUGAACAAACCCCCGGAUGGCAGGCCCAAGUACCUGGUGGUGAACGCGGACGAAGGGGAACCGGGCACCUGUAAGGACCGAGAGAUCAUGCGCCACGACCCCCACAAGCUGGUGGAGGGCUGCUUGGGACGCGCCAUGGGCGCCCGUGCCGCCUACAUCUACAUCCGCGGCGAGUUCUACAAUGAGGCCUCCAACCUGCAGGUAGCCAUCCGGGAGGCUUACGAGGCUGGGCUGCUGGGGAAAGACGCCUGCGGUUCGGGAUACGCCUUCGACGUGUUUGUGGUGAGGGGUGCUGGAGCUUACAUCUGUGGGGAGGAGACGGCACUGAUUGAAUCCAUCGAGGGCAAACAGGGCAAACCGCGCCUGAAGCCGCCCUUUCCCGCUGACGUGGGUACGUCCUCCCUCUUCCCCCCUUUGCCCCCAGCACAGNNNNUGGCCGUAGCCCCCACCAUCUGCCGGCGAGGCGGCACCUGGUUCGCCGGUUUUGGGCGGGAGCGCAAUUCGGGGACGAAACUCUUCAAUAUCUCGGGUCAUGUCAACAACCCCUGCACCGUGGAGGAGGAGAUGUCGGUGCCGCUGAAGGAGCUGAUCGAGAAGCACGCUGGCGGUGGCCGUGGGGGCUGGGACAACCUGCUGGCCAUCAUCCCAGGAGGCUCCUCCACGCCGCUGCUCCCCAAGUCAGUGUGCGAGACCGUGCUGAUGGACUUCGAUGCCCUGGUGCAGGCGCAGAGUGGGCUUGGCACGGCUGCCAUCAUCGUCAUGGACAAAUCGACCGACAUCAUUAAAGCCAUCGCUCGCCUCAUCGAGUUUUACAAGCACGAGAGCUGCGGGCAGUGCACCCCAUGCCGGGAAGGCGUGGACUGGAUGAACAAGGUGAUGGCGCGGUUCGUGCAGGGCAAUGCCCAGGCGGACGAGAUCGACGCGCUGUGGGAGAUCAGCAAGCAGAUUGAGGGUCACACCAUCUGCGCCCUGGGCGAUGGCGCUGCCUGGCCCGUGCAGGGUCUCAUCCGCCACUUCCGCCCUGUGCUGGAGGAGAGGAUGCGGUCCUAUGGGGUGGCCAAAGCCCGAGCGGCAUCGGCGUAA